AUGCAAAUUUUGGAAAAAGCAGGAAUGGCUUGGAACACCAAAAUCAAACCCAAGGAUGUGUUGAUUCACACCACAAACAGGGGAGGCCACUUAGUCAACCCAUAUGAUGUGGUGUCCAAAGGGCAAUCCAUAUCUGAAGUUGGAUGGGAUGCGAGCAAAAUUAGAUCACCAGUGGCUGUCCAAAUCCCACAUGUUGGUGACAAAAAGGAUGCCAUAUUUUCAGCAAACAAGCAGCUGAGUGAGCAAUCAAGUGGCAUGCUGGCAAAACCUUCGGGGCAAGAGACAGUGGCCUCAAUCAGUGCAAGCCACACCACUGCCUUUUUGAAGGCCUUGGAAGCUGGCUGCAAACUUCCUGAUGACCUGGCUUUGGAGAAGUUUCAGAAUGGGAAUGAUGAUCUGCAGCAAUUGGUUCAAGAAGGCUGGCUCUGGACUGUGAUUUCUUCCAAAGUUGAAGAAGAAGUUCCUUCACUGCUGGCAGUUUUACAGCAAGCUUACAACAGUGAGCAUGGUCUGGUGAAGGCCCCCAAUGAAUUGGAAGUUGCAUUGACAAUUGCAACUUUCUACAAGAUGCAAGCUGCUUCAGAGAAGGAUUUGGAUAAAGCAGUGGCACAAGCAGCUGCAAGCAGCUGCUUAACUUGCAGGCCACCCUGCAAAGGGUACAUCAAGGCAGUGGGCGACUUUGUGGCUUCAUAUUCAGGAGGAGAGUCAUUUAAAUUGCUGGAAUAUUUGGAUCUCAUUGGCAGGCAAUUUGGAAAUUCGACAAGGUUUGGUGAGGAGUUCACACAGCUUCUUGCCUACUGUGACUGGAAGCAGCAAACUACAACUUUCCCUUUUCUGAGACUUGCACUGGCUUGCUGCCAAGUGACAGCCCCUAAGUCUUGUCAGAAAGAUGGCUUCUCCAGGAUGAUCACAAAAGCUGAUUUUGACAAGCUGAAGAGCAAGAAAGUCAUGCCAUCAGUUCUGGAUAUGGCUGCAAUCAAAACAAAGUUUGAGGAGGACAUUGCGAAUUGUGCAACACAAGCUGCUGCAACUUCUUCAGCACCUACACAUGGAGAAGCUGGCGAAACAAAGGGGACUGUCAAGAGUUUAGCUGAAGCCAGCAAUUCAAAAGCCAUUGCUUUGCAAUCCCACAAGCACAUCAAAGUGGACAAGCUGUACACCUUGAAAAAUGAGCCUGCAAAGGUGUGGAAGUUGCUGGAGCUGACAGAAACAGUUGCAAAGCUGUCUCACAGACCUUUCUUCGCUGACAAGGACGAGCUGAAGGAAAUAAAGUUCUCUGACUUGAGGAACUUGAAAGAAUGGAUCAAAGAUGCACCCCAGCUGAUUGAUGAAGCAGGGCUGGCCACACUCCUCCCUUGCAACUCUGCUGCCUUGGAAGAGGAAUUGGGCAAAGCUCAGGCUUAUUGUGCUUUGGUUGGGAAGUACCAAGAGCUUGGAGACAUGAAUGUCAAAGUGUCCAACCAGCACCAAAUUUUUGCAGGUGCCAAAUUCACCAAAGGGAAGUUGAUUUUGCUGCCUCUGGGUAGCUUGCAAGUGCUUACAGUCGACAAGGUAGGCACCUUGACUAUUCCAUGCUUCACCAACAAGAAGGUUGUUGAAAAGGGCACGCCCCUUUUGGUGGAACCAGCAGAAGAGCAAGGUGCCAAGAAGAAGAAGGUGGCUCAUGUUGAACCUCCACCUGCCUUGCCCAUAGCUUUGAGUAAAAAAUGGUUGAGACUCAGAGCUUCCAAUGUUGGCAUUGCAAAGCUCAUCCUCGGGCAUCUAGAUGAAUUCAAAAACCUGCAGAACCCAAGUUUGGCAGCCAGUCCACAGCUGAAAGUGCUCAUGGAUUUGGUGAAGGAAGCUGUGAAGUCUGUGGCUGAAGGUGACAAGUCAGGGGAAGAAGCCAGCAUGUUUGAUGAUAGCAGCAAAGAAGCCCCUCACAUGAAACCACCUUGUUGGAAACAGCUCUUUCAUGAUGCCCCAGAGACAGUCACAAUUCAAGUGGGAGAAGUUCAAGUACCAGUGAAAACACCAAGAUCGCUGAAAGAGACAGACUUGGUCAUUCCUUUGGAAGCUACAAUUCUGACUGCAGUUUGUGACUACAUCAUGGAAGAUGCUUCUGAUUGCCUGGCCAAAGGCAUUGCACCUCAAGCAGUGCCUUCACAUAUGGAGGGCCACAGAGGGCCUCGCGACUUUUGGGAAAAGUGGGCUUCUGAGCUGGAUGCAGAAUGGGAAGAGCAAGAGUGGUACAAAGAGCAAGCAUCCAAACCUGAAGUCAAAGAGGAACAAUAUGAAUGGGUAAAGGAAGAAGUGAAAGAGGAGGAUGAAGCCACAGAACCUCCAAGCCCACCAGAAGCCACCACAGAGAAGGUGAUGGAGGCAAGCUCCAAGGCAAAAGUCAAGAAGAUCACUGCAACAAAACCACCUGCUGUUGCAAGUGCUCCAAGUUCCUCAAGUGGAGUCAAGAUGGAGGAUUCUGAUGAAGAGCUCACCAGGAAGCUCUUGGAGGCUGUGGCUGGCCACCUUCCUGCACCACCUCCUGCAGCAGCUGGUUCGCCUCCUUGUCCUGCAGCUGGGGCCCCAUCAGCUUCCACAUCUUGGUGGGCCUCCUAUGACUGGAAUGCUGGUGGUUUCUUUGUGGGUGAUGAGUGGUGGGAAAAAGAUGCAGAAGAGGAUCCAGAUGGCAAGAAGGUGAGUGGCUGGCUGGCCAAGACUUGCGCUGUGAUCCACAUGUAUACCAUGAAGGACCAGGAGGGCAUGGAGCAAGCUCUGAGCAGACUGAGUGGCCACCAUGCUAUGAGGGAACCACUUCGGAAACCCAACAGAGAAUUCAAACAGGAAGGCAAAAAUGCCUAUAAGAAGUGGCUGUAG